AUGGAUGUUUCGUUUUAUGGAACAACUGACUUAGCAGUGGAUGAGCGGCAUAAAUAUCGGAAUAAUUCCAAACGCCGCACUUUUGUGAAAUGGAGUUUACUUGGACUUGCAAUCUGUGAGGACGCAGAAGUUACUUGUUUUCAAAGCUGGUAUGUUGACAAUACCACGCGAAUGAUGGAAUCUGUGAGCGGAUUGAAGUGGAAGCGUGGCGGUUUAAAAAACACAAAUUCGUACAUCAGCAUCGAUUUAGACAUUCGAUUUCAAGAAAUUAUGGGAUUUGGAGGUGCAUUUACUGAGGCCGCAGCAUUGCAGUUCCAGAAAUUGCCAUUAGAUAAACAAGAAGAUGUGCUUACACUCUAUUUUGACGAGGAGUUGGGCAGUGCGUACACAUUUGGCCGCGUUCCAAUGGGCUCAUGUGAUUUUUCGAUUAGUUCGUACAAUUUUGAUGAUGUUCUGAACGAUUCAAAGCUGCUGCACUUUGAUAUGAGCGUUAAGCGUGAUCAAGAAGUGCUGAUUCCGUUUAUCCAACGUGCUUUGAAGCGUCAACCAGGAUUAAAACUAUUUCUGGCUCCAUGGAGUCCACCAGCUUGGAUGAAACGCGGUAACGCCAAGUAUACCCCGAGCAUGCUUGGUUCAUUGGAUCCUGUGGGUUUGAAAGACGACGUGCGCGCGCCGUGGGCGUUGUACUUCUCCAAAUUCAUUUCUGCGUACAAACAACACGGAAUUUCAUUUUGGGGUCUCACUCCUCAAAACGAGCCUGAGUUUGCCGCGCCGUGGGAAGCAUGUAUGUAUAACGCAUCGUAUCAGGCAGAAUUUAUCGGCGACUUCCUUGGCCCCGUUCUCAAACGUGAUCAUCCUGAGGUUACGCUCAUGGUAUUUGACCAUAACCGUGCUAGUGUGCGACAUUGGGCCGAGACAAUUUACAAUCACCCUACUGCAAGGCAAUAUGUUGGUGGUAUGGCUUUUCACUGGUACGACUUGGAGCGCUACAUGGAUGGAGUGGCGUAUCACGAACGAUUGAACGACACGCACUACAUUGAUCCAAAUCGCUUUAUGCUAGCAACAGAAAGCUGCAAUUGUCCUGGUGUUGCAUUCGGAGAUGCUGCCUGGUUCCGUGCUCAACGGUACGGCCACGACAUUAUGACGGAUUUAAACAAUAAUGUCGUCGGGUGGGUUGAUUGGAAUCUGUUAUUGGACCACAAAGGUGGACCAAACCACCAAGGCAACAACUGCGAUGCCCCCAUCAUUUUGACGGAAGACGGCUCGGAUUUUAAGAUUCAGCCCAUGUAUUACUUUAUCCAGCACUUUUCGAAGUAUAUUCCUGUUGGUUCACGUCGUGUUAAAACGCACGUAGCUGCUCGUUUUGAGAAGCCCGGUGAUGCUCAGCUCAUGUGGUCGUAUCCUGCUGCUCUUAGUUCAUGUGAUGGUAGUGCGCGCCAGUCGAUGCACAUGACGGAUGAUGGCAAGAUUGAAGUGACGGGUUCUGGUUUCUGCGUAAGUUUAGUUGAUACACAGUGGCAAGGCAAGGAGAUUCAAAUGGUUGAGUGCAAGUACACGCAGCAGACGUGGACGUUUGAAGAGCUUACUAGACGCAUCCGUGUGAAUGACCUUUGUUUGUCACUGAAUCAUGGAUCAACUCAAAAUGGUGUUCGAAUCGUCGCCUAUCCUUGCCAAGCUGAAAUUGUACCUUACCAACAGUGGACGUUUAAUCAAGAGGACGGCACGUUGCGUUCCCAGGCUUCAAUGAUCGAUCAAUGUGCGACGGGAGGGUACUCAUUUGUGCAGGCUAGUGCAUUCGUGACUCCUGAAGGUCGCAAGGUGCUUGUUGUGCUGAAUGAAAACACGGAAGCAGCUGACUUUGAGAUUCACGUCGGUGAUAUGGUACUAGAUACUAGCUUUCCUAAGGGCGCUAUACGUACCUACAUGUGGAUGUGA